GCGCGGCUAGCGGAGCCGCCGGGCCGGGAACAGGUGAUCGCAGCGGGAGACCCGCGCCCUCCCGAGUUGCGGCGCCAGAGCCAGCGCUUCCGGGCUCAGCGACAGCCUCCUAGCCCCGUGCUGAGAGAGGCCAGCUGCGGUUUCGCACGCGCUUCCCGGGUAUCCCUCUCCCCGCGCGAGCAUCAGAAGCCCCUGGGUCCCGCGCAGCCUCGGGAGCGGCAGUCGCGCGCGGCGGAGCAAAGUUGUGGACGUGUCCCGACCGCCGGGCCCUGCGCCGUCACCACCGGCUGGGCGCGCGCUCUAGGAGCGGCGCUCGCCCUGCAGCCCCGGGGGCUCCCUUUGCAAACUGCUCCAGAGGCUGAAACUUCGGGUGCGGGCGGGUCGGGGCCUGCGUCCUGCGCACCCUCCGCGAGGGCGUCGCGGACGGCAUGUGACCGCUCCGGCGCGGGAAGGCGCGGGAGGGCGCGGACUCUGUGGACCAGGCGGAGGGCAGGCUGCGGCGCACGGUGGGCCCGGGCUCCAGCCGAGCAGCCCCCCUCGCCCGGGCCCCGCCGAGGCCGCCGCGUCCCCGCCCCCGCGCGGGAGGAUUCGCUCCAAACUCCCUGAACUUCGGGCGGGUCCCGAAGCGGCAGCCUCAAGGUGCGCAGUCCUGCUCGGGGACCCCAACCACUUCACUCUUGCUCCCCACUCUUAAGGAUUCCGAGGACUCCCAGGGCCCCGAGCGGAGCUGACAGCCCCCUGCUGCUGGCCGCGCCGCGAUGCUGGUGAGGAAAGUGCCGGGCUUCGUCCCGGCCUCGCCGUGGGGGCUGCGGCUGCCGCAGAAGUUCCUUUUUCUGCUCUUCCUCUCGGGCCUCGUCACCCUGUGCUUCGGCGCCCUGUUCCUGCUGCCCCACUCCUCUCGCCUCAAGCGCCUCUUCUUGGCCUCGCGGACCCAACAGCCCGGCCUGGAGGUGAUGGCCGAAAUCGCCGGCCACCACUCGAUGCCAGAGCAAGAGCCUCCUCCCAACCCUGCCCCUGCGGCUCCGGCCCCGGGUGAGGACGAUCCCGGCCGCCUGGUCGGUGUCCUCCGUAGGAAAGAGUGGCUGCGGCGAACCCGCCCCACCGGGCCCCGGGAGGAGGGCAACAGGGUUGCAGCCCUCAGGCCGCAGGAAGAGAGCGUCCGGUUCAGUUUCGACUACAAUGGUUUCCGCAGCCGCCUUCGACACCCGAUCUUGGGGACAAGGACUGAUGAGAGUAAGGAGUCCCAGAGUCUAGUGCGAGCUCAGCGAGAGAAAAUCAAAGAGAUGAUGCGGUUUUCGUGGCAGAAUUACCGCCGUUAUGCGAUGGGCAAGAAUGAGCUCCGGCCACUCACAAAGGACGGCUUCGAGGGCAGCAUGUUUGGUGGUCUCAGUGGGGCUACCAUCAUCGAUUCUCUCGACACGCUCUACCUCAUGGAGCUGAGAGAAGAGUUCCAGGAGGCCAAGGCCUGGGUACAAGACAGCUUCCACCUCAACGUGAGUGGAGAAGCAUCUUUGUUUGAAGUGAACAUCCGGUAUAUUGGAGGACUGCUGUCUGCCUUCUACCUGACAGGAGAAGAGGUGUUCCGAGUGAAGGCCAUCAAGCUGGGAGAGAAACUGCUGCCUGCCUUCAACACACCCACGGGCAUCCCCAAGGGCGUGGUGAACUUCAAAAGCGGUAGCUGGGGCUGGGCCACGGCAGGCAGCAGCAGCAUCCUGGCCGAGUUCGGAUCCCUGCACUUGGAAUUCUUGCAUCUCACUGAACUCUCUGGCAAUCCAGUCUUUGCAGAAAAGGUCAGAAAUAUCCGCAAGGUCCUCAGGGAGAUUGACAAACCCUUCGGCCUCUACCCCAAUUUCCUCAGCCCAGUGAGUGGGAACUGGGUGCAGCAUCAUGUCUCAGUCGGAGGACUAGGGGACAGUUUUUAUGAAUAUUUGAUCAAGUCCUGGUUGAUGUCUGCCAAAACAGAUACAGAGGCUAAAACCAUGUACUACGAAGCCUUGGAGGCCAUAGAGACAUAUCUGGUGAAUGUCUCUCCUGGGGGACUGACCUACAUUGCUGAGUGGCGUGGAGGAAUUCUGGACCACAAGAUGGGACACCUCGCCUGCUUCUCAGGGGGCAUGAUCGCCCUUGGUGCCGAGGAUGCCAAGGAAGAUAAAAGGGCCUACUACCGAGAGCUUGCAGCCCAGAUCACCAGGACAUGCCAUGAAUCCUAUGCCCGCUCAGACACCAAGCUGGGGCCUGAGGCCUUCUGGUUCAACUCUGGCCGAGAGGCGGUGGCCACACAGCUGAGCGAGAGCUACUACAUCCUGCGGCCUGAGGUGGUGGAGAGCUACAUGUACCUGUGGCGGCAGACACAUGAUCCCAUCUACAGGGAGUGGGGCUGGGAGGUGGUGAUGGCUCUGGAAAAACACUGCCGGACAGAAGCCGGCUUCUCGGGGAUCCAGGAUGUGUACAGCAGUAACCCCAACCACGACAACAGGCAACAGAGCUUCUUCCUGGCUGAGACACUGAAGUACCUCUAUCUUCUGUUCUCUGAAGAUAACGUGCUGUCACUGGAAGACUGGGUGUUCAACACCGAGGCUCACCCGCUGCCUGUCAACCGUUCUGACAGCUCCAGCACGGCUGGGCACCGCCACUGACCACUGUCGCCACGCCCGUGUCUCAGGGAUGCCUCUACUACUUUCUUGGGAUCCGGGACCGUUCUCAGAGGCACUGGGGACGGAAGGUCCACUGUGGGCAGACCCUGGACGGAUGUGUCGGACAGGCGACUUCUUUUCCUCUGUGAGGAGACAGGAGCUGGUGAUGAACCAGCAUGGGCGCCCGGGCUGUGUCCCCGGCACCCACACGUUCCUUUCUAUGGGGGAAUUUCUGUGUCCCCACACUUGCUGUCCCUGGGCCAAAGGACUGGAGGUUUGCACAUCCAUCUCAUGUAUUUGAUUCUGUUUCCUUUUUGGUUUAGAGAGCUCAGUUUUGCUGGAUUUUAUUUUUUUUUCUCCCUAUUUGAGUUUUAUGACAAAUAUAAUUUUCAAAAUCAUGUACCUUCUAAAGCAACGUCACCUAACUCAAGGAGACCUUAAGUGUCUUUACACACACGCUCUCUUGACCUGUCUGCUUUUAAUGCUUAUCACCCGACAUUGACUCUGUUUGACUUCUUGUCAUCUACCCUGUCAUCUGAGGAGGCGCCCCCUUUGCUUUGGUCCCGAAUGUUACAAGUCACUAAUGCUAUUUUCAUUACUGUGAUGGAAAAAUAUGUGAAAUAGAAUAAAGGAGUUCAUUGAAUAAGAAAGAAGACUGGACUCAUUGGCCACCCGUGGCUCCUGGGAAAAAAUAUUCCAACAGUGUCAUCAGAAGCAAUCACCAGCUGCCAGCCGAGCUGAGGUAUGAUUUAGUAAACCAGGCCAGCCCUUUGGGUGGAGCUGGGUACACAUAUUCUGAUGGAGGAUUGGGAGAAGCCCAGGGAGGUGACUCUGUUUGCCUGAGGUCACACAGCCAGAAAAGAGACAGAAGUAAGCCUUACCGCUGAGAUCUCCUGGAUACCUUUGUUCAUCGGCUGUCAGUCAGCAGUGCUUGAUGACCCCCUGCCCCGACUGGGGUUAGAAGGUCUCCGUCCUGCAGUCCGGGCACUCAGAUCAUAUAUGGUGUCCCUACAUCACUGGAACACUAUAAACCAUUAACAAUACCAACAAGGACACAUGAGGCUGAGCCAACAAUAGCCAGGGCCUGGCUGGAGGUUAGGGACAAUAAGGACUUUUAAGCGAAGACCCAAGCAAAGUAGGAGUUGUGUGUAGACAAGGACAUAGUACGGUGACAUCUUCUAACUGAGACCCCCUUGUCACUCUCUGUGUCAUCUUCUUGUGAACCCAGAAGCCAUCUGCAUGGCAAGGAGGCCUGGUCCCUACACUGAAGUGCCAGGCCUUCCCUUCCAACAGACCCACUGGCUGGCUGCCUGGGCACAGCUGAGGUCCUGGGUAUUGUUGACUUUCCCAGACCCUUCGUUAGACUGUGCUCGUCAACUGGCCAUCAAGGUAUUGGGGUUCCAGGCCUGGUGACCUCCCCACUCACCCACUGUGUGAGCCAAGACCAGUCACCUCACCUCUCUGGGCUCUUUUUCAUCAGCAGAAAUUCCACCUGCUGAGGUUGCUAUGAGAACCAGCAAGAUGCUCCUGAUACCCUGUGGUCCAGGAUCCACUGCCUCCUUAUUCUGGAGGCUCAGACAACCCAGCUUCUCCUGAGCAGCACUGUGCCCAUAGCAGGAACCCCGGCCCUCAGAGCAUCAGUCACACACUUUGGUCAGCACACACAUCAAAGGAAAAGAGGCACCCGCCGCACAAACAUGGUAAAUACGGUCAUCCUACUCUCCGGAAUGAAUACUGUUAUAUUUUCUUCUAGACCUUUUUCUAUGAAUAUAUAGAAACUAUAUUUUGCAAACAUGGUAUCAGCCUAUGCAUACUGUUUUCUUAUAACCUGCUUUUGCACUUAACUAUAUAUUGUGAACAUUUUUCCCUGUCAAAAAAAAAAUACACGUCUGUCAGCACUC